AUGCCAACUGAACUCUCCCGGGCCGUGGGAAUGCACGCCAUCUCCGACCUCCACUCCCCCCUCACCCUGCGGCUCCUCAACAAGGGGCCCGAGUACCUCCGCAGGCAGCUGGAGGCAGGCAGCCCGGGCAGGAGAAGCGCCGUGGAGAGGCUGGCGGCCGAUAGGGCCAAGUACGUCAAGAGCCAGCGGGCGGGCGGCGCCCGGCGGGACCCCGUCCUCGUCCCGAGCUCGGCCUCGGAGAGCGGCAGCGAGACCUGCUCGCACGGCCCCCCCAUCGCCCGGCGCGGCACCCCCAAGAGGCAGCUGCGGCCGGACUCCCUGGUGAUUUACCGCCAGAAAUGCGAGUUCGGGAGAGGUCAGAGCCAGGACGGCUCACGGGGGAGCCUGGUGAGGCGCAUCUUCCAAGGGUCGCUGAAGGAGAAGCGGCUGGCUUCCCCGGAGAUCGGGGCCCCGGGGGCAGGGGGCCCGGGGGAGCGCGGGCGGCCCUCGGAACCCAGCACGCCUCCCGAGGAGGCCAGGGAGGUGAAGAGGAGAGGUCUCCAUCGCUCCCAGUCGGACAUCAGCUCUCGCUACUCCAGGUCCUUCUCCGAGUUUGACACGUUUUUCAAGUACUGCGGCCUGGAGCAGGAGGUGAUCGAGGACCUCGGGAGAGAGAACUUCUCCGUGGUGUCCGACAACGUCUCCUUCAAGAUCCGCAGCAUCAGCGUGGCCACGUCCGAGAGCGACUUCACGAGGCACAGCGGGGAUGAGGGGCUGCUGGAGGACGAGCUCACCGAGCAGGUCCCGAGCAGCACCUCCGUGAUCGAGCGCAACGCUCGGAUAAUCAAGUGGCUGUACACGUGUAAGAAGGCCAAGGAGACGAACAAGGUGAUCCAGGAACUGGCAUGA